GUGUCAUCUCAGCAAAUUCAGAAUAUGCACACAGGGCUGGAUUUGUCAGUGCCGGAAUACCAGGAAAUCCGUGGGAAGAUGAUGUCUGGACACGUAGAGUAUCACAUUGUCGUCGUUACCCGACUGGCUGCCUUCAAAUCAGCAAAGCACAAGCCUGAAGAUGUAGUUCAAUUUAUGGUUUCCAAGAAGUACAGCGAGAUAGAGGAGCUCUACCAGAGACUGGCAGCACGGUAUCCACAGGCUUGUCUUCCACUCUUGCCUAGAAAAGUUCUCUUCGUGGGGGAAUCUGACAUCUGUGAACGAAGAACUAUGUUCAAUGAUAUAAUGAAAUUCAUCUCAAAAGAUGAGGAUCUAGCAACGAGUCCUGAGUUACUGGAAUUUUUAGGAACAAAAUCUACUAGUGCCAUUGACUUCAAGGGUAGAAACAUUUCUGAUGACAAGGAGAAAGAAGACGAAGAAAGUGAGGCAUUGGAUUUUUUCAAAGAGGAGAAGACACCUGACUUAAUCUCACAGCUUUCGUCAGUGGAAAAAGCCAAAAAAGGGGAGAAAAAAGAAGAGGAAGAAGAGGAAGAAGAUUUAGACCCUCUUGGUAUAAUCAGAACUAAAAAAACAAAGAAGGCAUCUGCUCCUCCAACCAAGGAAGAGAAACCCAAAUUAACCAUUUUUGAAGAUGAAGAAGAUCCUGAUGAAGGACUGUUUGGCCCAGAAAAAGAUUUCUUAUUGAUUGAUCCCAGGAAGAAGAUGAAAGAGAAUCUGAAAUUAUUUGAAGAUCCAGACCUUGGUGGGGUGGUAAGACUGGGUGACUCACUACUGCUGCCAGCUGCCUGUAAGAACAGGGAGCAUGUGCUGAACACGGGUCCUGAGGAGGACACUGAGGAACUGCUGAGAGUUGAAGAUGAUUUAGAGAAACUCUUGAAAGUAGCCUCCAAACCAAAAGCUAAGGUACCAUCAAAACCACCGUUGCCUCAGAAGCCACCAGUUGUCCCCAGGAACACUAAUUCAUCUCGACUGGCAAAGCCAAAGGAAAGCAGCAUUCAGACAAUGAAUGAAGUGGACAUUCUCCAGUAUAUCCAGGAAAAUGAAUCUAUCAACAACCAAGAUACAAGUCUUUUUUGA